CACCGCCUCUCGCAGCGCUGCCCUCCGGAGCGCGCCCGCGGCCGAAGCCCUGCACUCUGUAGGUUUACUGACGUGCGGGACGCGGCCCCGGGCCUCCCGCGUCGGCUGCCGCAAGGAGCGCUGCUGCAAACCAGGCUCGGAGGAGGCUGCCAGUCCCCACCAUGAUGGAGGCCGCCGCCAGAGUGGCGCCCCAGGCGACCGCCUCCAAUAAAAAGCCCCUGCUCAGCAUGGCUUCAAUAGCCAAGCUCGGCUCGAAGGCGAGCCGCGCACGUAAAAAUGCUGCCGCGCGGCGGGCCCGCGCGAGAAGAUUAGGCGGACUCCUGGGCUGCGGCAACCCGGUGCUCAACAUGACGAUUUCCAUUGGAGACGGCGUGCUCGAGCACUACCAGCUGGAGGGCGGGUCGGUGGUGCUCGCCGAGGAGAUGCACCUGCCCCUCUUCGAGCAAUUGUUAAAGGACCCGAAGACGACGUACGAGGCCGGCGGCGCGGCCCAGAACACGUGUAGGGUGUGUGCUUGGAUGUUGAGCACGGUCAAGAAGGAGAAGCGGCCGUCGACGGCCUACGUCGGACGCGCGGGCGACGACGAGAACGGGCGGAAGCUCGCGGCGUUAGCUGUCGACGCUGGUUUAAGGGCAACGUACGAGAUCGACAAGGAGCGGCGCCCGACCGGCCGCUUAGCUACUCUAGUCAACCGCGGCACGGGCUCGCGGACCAUGGUCGCGGACUUGGGGGCUUCGACCCACUACGACCCCGGCCACUUGGAGGAGCACAUUCCGUCGCGAUUGCUGGAAGAAAGUUCUAUCAUAGUGACGGACGGCUUCUUCCUGACGCAUAGUGGCGGCGUCGAGGCCGUUGAAAGAGUAGGGAAGCACGUCGCGGCGUGUGCUUCCCAGGGCGAGGCGAAAGUCUUGGUAUUGAACCUAGGCGCGCCCUACAUCUGCGAGCACUUCGGCAAGGCCCUGAACUCGGUAUUGCCCCACGUCGAUUUGCUCAUCGGGAAUCGACUCGAGAUGGUCGAGCUCGCGCGCCAGAAGGGUUUUGAAGUGGACGAGGAGGACCCGGACAUCGCGGCGUUGUGCAUCGCCUUCGCCUCGCUGCCCAAGAACUCGGGCGCGCGCGGGCGCGUGGUCGUCGCGACGGGCGGUCCCGACGACACGAUCGUCGUGGAAAAUGGCAUCGAAAAGCGGUUCGCCGUCGCGCCGCUGAACAAGCAGUCGAUCGUCGACCGGAACGGCGCGGGCGACGCCUUCGCGGGCGCCUUCCUGUCGCAGUUGCUGCAGAAGCGGCCGGUCGAGGACUGCGUCCACGCGGCGCACUGGGCCGCGCGGUUGGUGAUCCAGCGCAGCGGCGUGGCGCUGCCCGAGGAGUGCGACUACGCGUGAGUAGUAAGUUGUUGUGAUCUG